CUCAGCCGUCUAGCCGCCUCGGGACUGGCGAUCUGGCACCCUUGCUCCGUUCCCUCUUCCCCCCUCCCUCCUCUCGCAUUCGUGUUCAUCAUCAUUCCUGUCCAUCAUCCGCAGACAUCAUUCAUUCAUUCACUGCAGCCAUCGCCAAACCGCUUCACCCACCCGUCACCACUUCGGCCCGCCGUCUUCCCUUCUUUUCUUUUCUCCUCAUCUUCAUUUCCCUCGUUGCUGCUCCGACUCGGCUUGCCUCACUCACCUCCCGUCUGCUUCCUGCCCCUCCGUCUCUCGACCAUCACAGCCGCCAAACAUCAAACACCCUCGAUUCCACCCCCCGGCUGCCGGUGGCUUCGUUUCCCGCCCAUGAUUCGUUGCACUCCUGCAUUUUGCCUCUGCAUCUCCUUUUCCAUGUCCAACCCCUGACCCCAUCCCCAUCAUUCCCUCCAUCGAAUCUUUGGCUAUCUAAUGUACAGUGCUGUGAACAAUGCCCUCACACAACUAGCCAUCUCUGACGACUCUACGCACCGUCAACUCCUAGGCAGCCAGACUAACAUGUUUGCCCUCUUGUGCGAACACCCUGCCGUUGAACCACCCUGUCCUGCACAAUCCUCCUGCUGCUCUCCACCCUGCCUGCGCUAG